GGUAGAGCAUUAUUUAUUGGAUCGCUUCAACUGCCUAAGCCUUCAGUCUAGUUUCACAUCAUCUCGUUUGGGGAAAUCGCCCGUGAUGAGUCUCACCGCGGUCGCUGGCCCUUCGACGUCGUGGGACGAUGACGAAAAUUUCGUCCUUAUUACGUUCAUUGGAAGGCAAUCAGGAGUGCGACACUUCGGAGAGUCCCUUCGUACAUUACUUGAGAUAGCAACGACAGUUUUGCCGAGCAAAGGCAAAAUUUUCAAAAUAUGCGAAAAGUUCGAUACAUAUCAAAAAGGAGGGUUGUUCCCGUUGCUUCACGUGUGUGGUGACCGCAGUGUGGUGGAGCGAUAUCAACGAGAAGAAAAUUUCGCAAAUUACUAUGACUUGGGCGAUGAUCAUAUGGUUGACCAAGCCGUUUUCCGAGAGAUCGCGCACAUCGAUCCCCCGUGCUCUGGACGCCGAUGCAGAGACUCUGUGAUAACUGUCUCAGCAUUCCGGAGUGUGGAUAAAAACACCAGUGGAGUGCUCAAGAAAAACUGGAAAAGCUGGACUGGGGCCCGGGCGUUGGUGCUGGACAUGUUCGAGGCGGGUAUCGAAUGGCAUCAAAUGACAUUUUAUGCCCGGGAGAGGCCGCUCUUAACAGAGGAAGACACGCCUGGCUUCUAUUACAUCUUAGUGUGUAAGGUGGGAAUUCGUCAACCCAGCGACGAGGGGUUAAUCGUCGACGUCCUGCAGAGGUUUCGGGUGGAGCGAUGGUUUGGGUACCAGACAAUCUACAGAGCCCACGACUGCUAGUUCGCCUCAUUUGUUGAAAAUAUUACGAUGUUCAGUAUUUUGCCUUUUAAUUUAUUUGAUAUAGCUAGUAAAAGGUAUAUUCCCGUUACUUGAAUACGUUAGAUCUUACUGUCAGGCUUCAAAGUUUCUUCUUUAAAAUUCUUUAAUAUAGUCAGCGGAAAGUAUAGUUCUGGUGGGGGCGCAGCCGUAGGCCACAAUACUAACUCUUAAAUACGCCCUGAAGCCAACGCCUAGCUUCAUCAUGCAAUAACUUACGCAGAAUACGCUAUACCACUUUAAUCCAGGCCAGUGACACACUGCUCAUAGAUAAUAACGUCGUAGGUCUUCUGCUAGCACUUAGCAUGCUCACUCUUAAUUAAGCAGGCACUUCCGCAGUUGGCUGCACCUACUCUAGCCUAACCUAUUCACAACCUUCUUGCAAUCAAUGACCUUGUACUGAACAGUCAGUACAAGGCUCUACCAAUUACAUAUUAAGCGACCUUCUCCGGAGCUUUGCAUUUGAUAACCUCGAUUCAACGACCAUUCACUCCUUUCAGAAAUUCGAAUAAAUAAAAGCAUCAUCAGGUGAAAGUUGAAUUAUUUGAUCACUUUUCCCUUUGCACACGAAAACAUUUACCGUCUUUCCUGCUAUUGAACUUUGUAACUCCAGUUGGUCAGUCGAUAAUGGGCUGCAUAGAUGAAAAGACUUAAUGCGUAGGUUUAAAAACCAAACCUUGCUUCAUUUACCCAACAGGCGAGAUCACAUUAAA